AUGUUGCGGCAGCACAAACUGGCGAACCUACAGAUGCAGCGACAGCAGCUUCCACACAAGCAUCAGCGACGGCUGCUCCAGUGGCCAGGCCACCAUGGCGACCAGAGAAAGAAGACACUAGAAGGCGUGUGCUCUGACGGCAAGUGCCAGCCCGUUCCUCUGACCACAGCAGCAACAACAGUUCAGGAAAAAAGCACUACUACCGUCUCCACCACACAGACAGACACAGUUACUGCCACCGGAGCAGACGAACAAUCUACAACUCAGGUGGCUGCAGCCACAGAAGACGUAGAAACCUUAUCAACGUCCACAACCCGUGUAGUUGAAGAAGGUGAUUACACGAACACUGACCAGGGUAUCAUCGUUAACGCAGCUGAAAGCACAACAGCAAAUUCUGAAUUCGGGACAACCGAAGAGCCGGCGAGCUCCUCUGACGGGCAGGCCACGACAGUGAACUCAGGACCAUGGGCCGAAGGUGAAGCGCGCACGGAAGAGAACGUUAGUGAACCGGCACCAACUGCCGAGACAGCAGUACCGGGGGCGACCGAGAACAACAGAGGUCACUCAGUAGAGGAAGUGACGACUACUCAGCAGCAAACAACGGGUGAAUCACUGCACGAAGGCACGGCUGUACCAGAAGAUUCAACAGAUAUUGUGGGAAGUGAGCAAGCUGGUACACCGUCAGGCGAUGAAGUGACAACACAAAGUGAAAGAAAAGUUGACGGAGAGCAAGACACUACUGCCGCUGGCCAUGCUGCCGGUGAGGGCGAGGAAGGGUCCGGUAACAUCGAAGGAGUGUCUGUAUCCGAAGUGACAGGUCCGGAGGCGACAACAACGACGAGCAGUAGUAUUGAGGAAGCUGUGGCUGUAGUUUCAGAAAGUGACGCCAUCAUUGUUGACCCGUCCUCUCAGUCAGCAUCCGAAGGUAGCGCUGUUGAACUGGAAACCGAAGUGCCGCAAACAAGUCAGGCACCCAUCACGACCACAGGUUUGGCAGCUGGUUCAAAAGGAGGAGUUGAUGCUGAUGAUGCCAGUUCACCCACCGAGACGGAGCUUUCGGCACAAAGCUCAACGUCAGUGGUAACUGAAGGUGUUUUCGAAGAAGUUACUGAAACAACCAAUCUUGAGAAAAACGUUGAAGUUGACGUAACGGUAACCGCUCAGGAGAAUCCCAGCACUACUCCUGCUCACGAAGAUGAAGAUGCCGGUCACGCAGUGACAGAAGUAGUGUCUAGCCAGCCAGAUGACGAUGAACAUGCCACAGCAACUUCACAUGCAGUCAUUUCUGAUAUUCAACAGGAAGUGACUGAAGGCGUCAUUUUAACAACCACAGGCGGGGCCACGGAAGCAACGACAGCUGUGGGUGAAACAGCAACUGCUAAAGUUAUCACAGUUGUCACUCGCAAAGAAAUCGUCCGUCCCGUAGGGUCAGAUGCCGAUCAGUCAGACGUUACUGUGGUAGACUCCACUCGUAGCACCUACGUAGAAACAUUGCCCGUAUCAGAACUCAACGAAACGGUUGCAUCUAACACAGCAGAAUCCGUUGUUUCAGUGUCCAGCGACAAUCCUGGCUUAGCUACAGAUGAAAGCAAUGCAGGGGCUGCAGCUAGCUCUACAGACGGUGUAUUAGUCAGUGAACCUGAAGCUGUGGCCACAACGGCUUCUGCCGUUGAAGUAGCCCAGACAGAGCAGGUUGCGACUGAACUACCCGAAACAAAAGCAGCGCCAGUUAUUGAUGAGACCACUGAAGGAACGACAGCAACGGACGAAUCAGCAACUGUUAAAAUUAUCACAACCAAUACUCAAAAGGAAAUCACUCGGCCGAUAGACGGCGAAGCUAGCCAACCAGAAGAAACUUCAGUGGACACAAAGCGUACCACAUCCGUGGAGGAAUUACCUGUUUCAGAAGUAGAUCAAACAAGUGCUUCUGAUCCCACAGGUUCUGCCGUGGCUGAAACCAGCGAAAGCGUAAGUGAUAGUCCAGACAACACGGGUACAGCUGCUGCUGUAUCCGGCGAGCCUACGGCUGGGGCCACAAGUUCCACAGAAGUGUCUCAGGUUCUGCAGGAUGCCACUGAAGUAAGCUCUGUGGUCGUUGCAAACGAAGCCUCUGAGAGCACGACAGCUGCUGCUGCUGCUGAGCCAGCCACUGUAAAGGUUAUAACAACUAUCACUCACAAGGAGAUUGUUCGUCCAGUUUACUCAGGACGACUCUCAGUCUGA